AAUACCCCACCAGAAUACCAUAGAAAGCUUCUCUGCACCAAACACGUCACUCUCACAGAGAAAGCUUGUCCCUUUUGGUAAUAACAGCUACCCAACCAAGAUUUGUUUACAGUAUAUAUAAUCUCUGUAGGCACUUCUUCCACAUAAGCUUCUCAGGAGGUUCAUUCAACUCUGCAGAUUAGGUUGCUUAGAGAAGAAAAAUGGUGAAGAUUUGCUGCAUUGGUGCUGGAUAUGUGGGAGGUCCUACAAUGGCAGUCAUUGCACUGAAGUGCCCCUCCAUUGAAGUUGCUGUUGUUGAUAUCUCUAAGUCCCGCAUUGCAGCAUGGAACAGUGACCACCUUCCUAUCUACGAGCCAGGCCUUGAUGAUGUGGUGAAGCAAUGUCGUGGCAAGAAUCUUUUCUUUAGCACCGAUGUUGAGAAACAUGUUUAUGAGGCUGACAUAGUGUUUGUCUCCGUAAACACCCCGACAAAAACUCGUGGUCUUGGAGCAGGCAAGGCUGCAGAUUUGACAUACUGGGAGAGUGCAGCUCGCAUGAUUGCCGAUGUCUCCAAGAGUGACAAAAUUGUAGUAGAGAAAUCCACUGUCCCUGUGAAAACUGCAGAGGCUAUAGAGAAAAUUUUGACUCACAAUGGGAAGGGCAUCAAGUUCCAAAUCCUGUCAAACCCAGAAUUCCUUGCCGAGGGAACUGCAAUUAAAGAUCUUUUCAACCCAGAUAGGGUCCUGAUCGGAGGAAGGGAGACCCCAGAAGGUGAAAAGGCCAUUCAAACAUUGAAAAGUGUUUAUGCUCAUUGGGUUCCUGAGGAAAGAAUCCUCACCACAAACCUGUGGUCUGCUGAGCUGUCCAAGCUUGCUGCUAAUGCCUUCUUGGCGCAGAGAAUUUCAUCUGUGAAUGCUAUGUCAGCACUUUGUGAGGCCACUGGGGCAAAUGUUACACAAGUGUCCUAUGCAGUUGGCACUGACACAAGAAUUGGCCCCAAGUUCCUGAAUGCCAGUGUUGGUUUUGGUGGGUCAUGCUUCCAGAAAGAUAUCUUGAACCUUGUGUACAUCUGUGAGUGCAAUGGCCUGCCAGAGGUGGCUGAGUACUGGAAGCAAGUGAUCAAGAUCAAUGACUAUCAGAAGAGCCGAUUCGUGAACCGUGUGGUUUCCUCAAUGUUCAACACAGUUGCAACCAAGAAGAUAGCCAUUCUGGGGUUUGCAUUCAAGAAAGACACUGGGGACACAAGGGAGACACCAGCAAUUGAUGUGUGCAAAGGACUACUUGGUGACAAGGCACGCCUAAGCAUAUAUGAUCCGCAGGUGACUGAGGACCAAAUUCAGAGGGAUCUUUGGAUGAACAAGUUUGAUUGGGACCACCCCAUUCACUUGCAGCCAACUAGUCCUACAACUGAGAAGAAAGUGAGUGUGGUUUGGGAUGCAUAUGAGGCAACAAAGGAUGCAGAUGGUGUUUGCAUUCUGACUGAGUGGGAUGAGUUCAAGACUCUUGAUUAUCAGAAAGUCUAUGACAACAUGAGAAAACCAGCGUUUGUUUUUGAUGGAAGGAACGUUGUGGAUGUGGAGAAGCUACGUGAGAUUGGCUUCAUUGUCUACUCUAUUGGGAAACCACUGGAUCCAUGGCUCAAGGACAUGCCUGCUGUGGCAUAAAAUAAAACACAUAUCUCAAGGCUUCACACAUUCAGUUUGGUUCAUUUUGUUAUUGAUAUACCUUUUUGGGAACAAUUUUUCUUUGCCAUUUUUCACUUUCCCAUAUAUUAGUUUCCAUAAAUGAGUAUAAAUUAUGGGAAAGUAGGAGGCCAUAUGUUCUGUGUUUCUCUCUACUGCAAUUCAUUACUGUUUGACUGUUAUGAAUUUUUACAAUGAUUUUUCUUUUAUUGGAUUAGUAUGGUGUUACUAUA